GAAAUUAUAUUUUUUAUAAAUUUCUCGUUCAUUCAUUCAAACUUUAUAUGAUAACUUGUCUUUGGUUGACAUCAUUCUUUUUCUGUCAAAAUGGCUGCCGUGCAAGAGGCGAGGCGUGAACCAACUCAAGCCGUCCAGGUGUUCGGCCGUAAGAAAACAGCAACAGCAGUAGCAUACUGCAAGCGUGGUCACGGUGUACUCCGAGUAAAUGGCCGCCCGCUGGACUUAGUGGAGCCUCGACUGCUCCAGUACAAAUUGCAGGAACCCAUCCUAUUGCUCGGCAAGGAAAAGUUCUCCGGCGUCGACAUCAGAGUGACAGUGAAGGGUGGCGGUCAUGUAGCACAGGUGUAUGCUAUCAGACAAGCUAUCUCCAAGGCUCUUAUUGCCUUUUAUCAAAAAUAUGUAGACGAGGCUUCCAAGAAGGAAAUCAAAGACAUCCUCGUCCAAUACGACAGGAGUUUGAUGGUGGCGGACCCCCGACGCUGCGAGCCCAAAAAGUUCGGUGGCCCCGGCGCCCGCGCCAGAUACCAGAAGUCUUACCGUUAAUGUUCUGUGGGAGUGCGCCCGCUGGUAUUGCAUUGGUUAUUGGCAAUGGGUGCAAUAUCAUUGGGUGGUUUUAAAAUUAAAAACCUAAAAAAAUA